UUUCGCCUUUUCCCGCCUGUUUGGAUUCCCCUCGAACACAUUGAAAGGCUGUUCGGAUUGCCGAACCUUGGAACUGUCCACAGGACGCUCCCGAUGGCCGAUUCAGACACCUCCGCCCGGCGGCGCAAGCUGGACCCUGAUGCGGUCAAGGCCAAGCUGGAGGAAAUCGACCGCGAUGUCGAAACAGAGAAAGCCCACAAGAAUCCGCGGAAAAGAACGGUUCAAGACCGCCUCGACGACGACAAUGCCUACACCAGCCUCUAUCUCGACAUCUUCCGUGUGCUCACUUUCCUCUUCCUUGCCUCGUGCGGACUAAGCUACCUCAUCUCGGGCGGGGAGACCUUAUUCUGGGGCAUGUCGAACCCGCCCAAAUACCUCCAAGCCGACUGGUGGAAGAAGCAAUUCCGAGGACCAAUCUACCUUACCCCGGCCGAACUAGCCGCCUACGACGGCACGGACCCGACCAAACCGAUCUACCUCGCCAUCAACUGGACGAUCUACGACGUCUCGGCCAACCGACGCACCUACGGGCCCGGCGGCAGCUACCACUACUUCGCCGGGUGCGACGCGGCGCGGGCGUACGUGACUGGCUGCUUUGCCGAGGACCGCACGCCCGACAUGCGCGGGGUCGAGGAGAUGUUUCUGCCGCUGGACGACCCGGCCGUGGACCGGCACUGGAGCGGCGCGGAGCUGGCGCAGCUGCGGGCGAAGGAGCGGGCCGAGGCGGAGAAGAAGGUGCACGAGGGCCUGGCGCACUGGGUCGACUUCUUCAGGAACAAUCCCAAGUAUGAUUUUGUGGGGUAUGUGAAGAAGCCGGAGGGAUGGCCGGGGACGGAACCGAGGAGGCCGCUAUGCGAGGCUGCGGCUAAGGGGCGGAAGCGGAGGGUUGUACCGGGACAAGAAGGGCAUUGAAGUAGAUCCGGUUUUUCUUGGAUAGGAAACGAAUAGAUUUCGUGUUUUGUUGCGGUCGUUGGUCUCGGGAUGCCUGUCUUUUGCGCAAUGCUUCCAUUCUGUGUUGGAUCAAUGACGUCCAAGCUAAAGGAGGUCAAGGAUGGCAGCUGC